UCCGCAGCUUUGCGUUGGUGUUGCUUGUGUAGCGAAAUCGGGCUGUGGGAACAAGAGCGUUAGGCAUAUGCAUUGUGACAAAACUGUGAGGAAAAUGCAUCUACAGUGCAAUACUCCCGCAAAUAUGUGAAGCGAGAAGCGUCACCAUACAACCUUUGACAUCUUACUGCGCGCAGCGUACGUGUGUGCAUUUGAAGAGCUUUAUGGAAUCGUCAGGGUAUUGAUGCCCUGCGCUAGUCCGCGGUAUGCUCUACCUUCUAAUAUCUCUACUGCUUCUCAAGAUCGUGACGCCUGUUCAGCUCUUCGAAGAUCCACCGAGCAUAGUGAUCUACCCAAGAGACCAGACAGUGGUGACCGGAGGAGUAGCAACUUUUGUCUGCACUGCCGUGGGAAAUCCCAAGCCGCAGAUUGAAUGGCGGAAGAAUGGCAAACGCGUGUCCACCAACCGCUACACAGUCAUCGAAAUGCCCCAGGGGUCGGCGCUUCGCAUCGACCCCGUGCGGGCUGGCAAAGACAACGCCACCUACGAGUGCUUGGCUGAAAAUGGUGUUGGGGAACCCGUGCGUGCUCUCUUUGCGCUCACAGUCCUUGAAGAGAACCAAGUGCCACCAGGCUUCCCAAAGUUUAAGCUGCAACCCACCACGCAAGGCGUGGAACGCAACCGCAGUGCCCUUGUGCAGUGCAAAGCAGAAGGUGAUCCAGAACCCAAGAUCUCCUGGCUACGCAAUGAAAUUCCCAUAGAUAUGAUCAACCCUCGCUACUCACUUGCUCCAGGAGGAUCCCUCCAGAUAUUAGAGGCUCAGGAAGAAGAUCAAGGAAAUUACGAGUGCAUCGCCGAGAACAGCAUGGGCACUGCCAUAUCACCUAUGGCGACUCUCUAUGUUCGAGUGCGCCGUGUGCCGCCAUAUUUUUCAAUUCCACCCGAGUCAUUGUACGAGGUGACGCCUGGCGCCACCCUGUCGCUGAACUGCGUGGCCGUGGGGUCCCCGAUGCCCUAUGUGAAGUGGCGCAAGGGCGCUAUCGAGGUGACCCCUGAGAGUGAUAUUCCAGUGGGGCGCAACGUCCUGGUCCUGGAAAACAUUAGAGAGUCUGCCAACUACACCUGCAUUGCUGCCUCUUCGUUAGGCAGCAUAGAGCACGUUGCUCAAGUCAUUGUACAAGCCCUGCCGAAACCACCAACAAACCUGAUCGUGUCGGACAUCACAGCGACGUCUGUACGUCUCUCAUGGUCGUACGAACAAGGUGCCGACAACAUUCGGUACUACGUCAUACGCUACAAGCCGCGGACAGUUCACCGUGAAUACAGUGAGCUGAGUGGAAUCACCACCACUUUCUACAGCGUACGAGACCUCAGCGCCUACACAGAAUACGAGUUCUAUGUCACAGCUGUGAAUGAUCUUGGCCGUGGGUCACCCAGUGUACCAGCUACGGUCACCACUGGAGAAACAGAACCUGGCAGUGCCCCUCGUAAUGUUCAAGCAAGAACGUUAAGUUCGAGCACAGUCGUGGUUCAGUGGGAUCCACCAAAGGAGCCAAACGGCCCAGUUAUGGGUUAUACUGUCCACUACACGACUCAGCCAAACAUUCCCCUCCACUCGUGGAACGCACAAACUGUUGAUAACAACCAGUUGACCACCAUCAGCAACCUGUCACCGCAGACCAUCUACACUAUCCGCGUCCGAGCUUUCACUAGCCGUGGGUCCGGUCCUUUUUCAUCACCUGUGCAGGUCAAAACUCAACAGGGUGUGCCGAGCCAGCCACGCAACCUACGUGCCGCCGCCCUCUCGUCAACCUCCAUCCAGCUCAACUGGACUCGUCCCGUUGAUCCCGUGGAAUUUGUGAUAGGGUACGAGCUCUACUGGAACGACACGUUCACACAGCAGCAAGAUCAGCGCUCUAUCCCAGACACCGAAACGUACACCCUGGUAGACCUCUAUCCGGAUACGGUGUACUACGUCUGGCUGGCAGCCAAGUCGAAGAGAGGCGAAGGAGCUGCCACACCGCCGCUUCCUGUGCGCACCGAACAGUACGUGCCCGGCGCACCCCCGCAGGACGUGCGCGGUAACUCCCUAGACUCCCGCUCCCUGAUGAUCUCCUGGAAUCCCCCUCCCGGGAAACAGCAGAAUGGUGUCAUCACCUAUUAUAAAGUGCGAUAUGCGAGGGCAGACGCCACAGUACCCGCACUGGAGACGAAGGUGGGCCCAGACGACCACUCCCUCAUCCUCGGAGGCCUGGACCGCUGGACCGAGUACCGGGUGUGGGUGCUUGCGGGUACCGCCGUCGGAGAUGGGCCCUCGUCCCCAGUGAUUGUCGUCCGCACGGACGAGGAUGUUCCUGGAGAGCCAAGGAUGGUGAAAGUAGCAGCUAUAAACAGUACAGCAAUGUCAGUGUCAUGGAAAGCACCCGUGAAUCGUGAUCGGCACGGACUCAUCCGCGGGUACCAGAUACACAUCCAAGAAAUGAACAAGCACGGUGACCUUAUCAACGAGCCGCAGCGCUAUGAUGUUGCCGAUGAAGCUGCGGAAGAAUACAACGUGACGGGACUUCAACCUGACACAGAAUAUUCGGUGCAAGUAGCUGCGGUGACGCGGAAGGGUGACGGGUCCAGGAGUCGUCCGAAGCUGGCCCGCACUCACGGAGGAGUACCCACAAGACCAGAAUUAACAGCUCGCAUCCACACUGAAGAAAACCACUUGCGCGUGGAAUUGCACUGGUCUCGUCCCAAUCACACUUACGGUGAGCUGCUGCGGUACCGCUUGCGGUACGGUAGGAUGGACGGGGGCACACUGAAAGAGCAAGAAAUCAGUCCCAUGGAGCAGCACACCACUAUUGAUAAUCUAGCUCGAGGUGCUCGUUAUGAGUUCCGGCUAGCUGGAAGAAACCUUCUUGGUUGGGGUCAGGAGGCCAUCACCUUUGUGAGUACUCCUGAAGGAGAGCCAACUCUACCCCCUCAAAACAUAUCGUUUCGACUGCAAAGCCCCACCACGGCAGCUUUUACGUGGGAAGCCCCACCGCCUCUCCACCAAAAUGGGCACAUCACCCACUACAGUGUGCAAUUCCGUCGUAGAGCAUCAGACUUCGGUGCUGAGGACCGUAACACGUCGCACACACGCAUUGUGUUCAGCUCAUUGGACGAGAAAACAGAUUACAUUAUGCGUGUUCGGGCAUGUACAUCUAAGGGCUGUGGGCCUUGGAGUGAAAAUUUGACCGUGAGUACUCCGGGCGACAUUCCUUCCGCACCCACGAACGUCCAGGCGGUCGCUACGUCCGACCAGUCUGUCGAGGUUUGGUGGGACGAGGUACCCUACUUUAGGGACAUCCUUGGAUACCAGGUGCUUUAUGCCCAAGCAGCUGUGGAAGACUUGGAUCAGUGGGAGGUGAAGAAGGUGCCACUUACAUGGUCCGCCGAGAUAACUGGACUGGAAAGCCACACAGUGUACGCCAUCCAGGUGGCUGCCUUCACCCGCGAGUCGCUUGGGAAGCUCUCCGAGCUCAUCACUGUUAAAGUAACUCCAACAGAUGUUCCAACACAGUUCAGGGCGUACGGAGUUACGACGCACGGAAUGACCCUCCAGUGGAGACCACCAUCCAGGCUCGACUACGUCAAAUUUAAUAUAUCCUACAGUGCCCACAAGGAGUUUUAUGACAGUCAAGGAUCUCUCCAGCAGCUCCCUAUUCCACCCAAGAAUAUCCUCCUUGAAGCUGGCACCACCAAUUACACGAUUGAAAAUUUGAUGCCGUUCACCAGCUAUCGUGUGAACAUCACGGCUAUCCCUCGAGACAACUCUUUCAAGCCGCCUGCCAAGAUCAUGGUGACUACAGCUAUGGCAGCUCCAAAACCGAUCGUGAAGCCGGAUGCCCUGUGGCCGACGAACAGUGGUAAUGAGAUCAUUGUCAUCCUUCCUCAAGCAUCGGAAGAGUUCGGACCAAUCAAACAGUACUAUCUCGUCGUCGUACCCGUUGAUUUUGCGAACAAAGAGCCUGACGACUACAAAAUAGAGGAGUUGAUGUCAACACCACUUGAUGAAGAUGGUCCUUACAUAGCGGCAACAUUCAUGCGUCGAAACAUGCCAGAACGAUUUGUUCUCGGAGAUUCCAAGACAUACAACGGCUUUCGCAACCGUAGGCUACAGUCCUUCCGCCGGUAUCACAUUUUUGUCAGAGCCGUGGUUGACUCACCACAACAGAACCUGUUCACGACGAGUCCGUUUUCGGAUGAGAUUAGUCUGGACAUGUUGCCCCAGGUGCGACUGCACUCUCCGGACGACGUGCCAAACGUUUCACACAUCGAGAGAGCUCAGACUGACGUUGGCUGGAUCAUUGGUCCAGUCCUCCUGAUCAUCUUCAUAGCUGCCUUCCUCACGCUCUUUUUCAUUAUCUUGAAAAGGAGGCGCCAACAGGCGAAGACGCCCGCGGGGGAGACGACCAUGAAGCUGUUGAUGAGGGAUUUGGGUUCUCACCAGGGGGGCACCGACCCCGUGGAGAUGCGACGCCUCAACUACCAGACUCCUGCCAUGGUUGGCCAUCCUCCCAUUACAGUGUCCGAACUGCCAGCCCACCUAGACGCGCUGAAGGCCAGCGACAACAUGCGGUUUUCUCAAGAGUACGAAUCCAUCGACCCUGGACAGCAGUUCACGUGGGAAAACUCCAACCUGGAAGUUAACAAGCCCAAGAACCGUUACGCGAAUGUGAUCGCCUACGACCACAGCAGAGUGGUGCUACAAACGCUCGAUGGAAUUCUUGGUUCAGACUACAUCAAUGCAAACUACUGUGAUGGGUAUCGCAAACACAACGCGUACAUAGCCACACAGGGACCCCUGCCCGAGACCUGUGGAGACUUCUGGCGCAUGACUUGGGAGCAGCACAGCGUCACCAUAGUCAUGAUGACGCGUCUCGAAGAGAGGACACGUAUCAAAUGCGACCAAUACUGGCCAUCGAGAGGCUCAGAGACGUACGGCAUAAUGGAAGUAACUCUCGAAGACGUGCAAGAACUGGCAACAUACUGCAUACGAACCUUCAGUCUGAAACGGUCGGGGUACCUAGAACGGCGUGAAGUACGCCAGUUCCAGUUCACAGCGUGGCCAGACCAUGGUGUCCCGGAUCAUCCAACUCCAUUCCUCAUGUUCCUUCGACGAGUUCGUUCCAUGAACCCUCCUGAAGCGGGCCCCAUGAUUGUCCACUGCAGUGCUGGCGUCGGCCGGACCGGCUGCUUCGUAGUGAUCGACUCCAUGCUGGAGCGCCUAAAACACGAGAACACGGUCGACAUAUAUGGUCAUGUGACGUGCCUCCGGGCACAGCGAAAUUACAUGGUGCAGACAGAAGAUCAGUACGUGUUCAUCCACGACGCUGUCCUGGAAGCGGUACUUGCUGGCCCAACGGAGAUUCCAGCUCGCAGCCUUGGCAUCCAUUUGCAACAGCUGUGCCAAGUUCUGCCAGGUGACACCUGCACUGGACUAGAACUAGAGUUCAAGAAAUUAGCAAACAUGAAAACGCAAUCUAACAAGUUCAUCAGCGCCAAUCUUCCUGUAAACAAGUUCAAGAACAGACUAAUGAACAUUCUGCCAUAUGAAUCUACGAGGGUCUGCCUUCAACCCAUCCGAGGAGUAGACGGUUCCGAUUACAUCAAUGCAAGCUUCAUUGACGGUUACAGGUAUAGAAACGCCUACAUAGCCACCCAAGGGCCAAUGGCAGAAACGACGGAGGACUUUUGGAGGAUGGUGUGGGAGCACAACUCCAACAUAAUCGUCAUGCUCACAAAGCUCAAGGAAAUGGGUCGUGAAAAGUGCCACCAAUACUGGCCAUCCGAGCACUCUCAGCGGUAUCUCUACUUUGUGGUCGAUCCCAUCACAGAGUACAACAUGCCCCAGUACAUUCUCAGAGAGUUCAAGGUCACAGAUGCGAGGGACGGCCAGUCUCGAACGAUACGGCAGUUCCAUUACACAGACUGGCCCGAACAAGGUAUUCCCAAAACAGCCGAAGGCUACAUAGAGUUCAUCACGCAAGUGCAUAAAACCAAGGAGCAGUUUGGACAGGAGGGACCCAUCACUGUGCAUUGCAGUGCCGGUGUGGGAAGAACGGGCAUGUUCAUCACACUCAGCAUCGUUCUAGAACGAUUGCAGUGUGAGGGUGUCGUAGACAUGUUCCAGACGGUACGGACUCUGAGGACGCAGAGGCCUGGGAUGGUGCAGACAGAGGACCAGUACCAGUUCAGCUACAGGGCAGCUCUGGAGUACAUGGGCAGCUUUGACCACUAUGCAAACUAAGAAGCCCUUUCCUGCUAGAGGAGUCUUGUGAGCCCAACUAUGCAUCCAGUGUGGUGCAUCGUGCAACAACAGCAGCUGCCCGAUGUAGGAAGUCGCAGCACCCAGAAUUCUCCCACCAUUGGUUGCUCAUUCAGCAGGUGUCGUCAGGUUUUAUUCCUCCACGUAGUGAACAUUAAUUCUUGAUCAUUUGUGACCGCAUGGGUCAUGUCCCAUUCUCAGCAGUGCAUGAUGUGUUGUAUCUAUAUGGUCAGAGAGAUUUAAUGUCACAACCGUGUGAGUCACACCACUCGCCACGUCAUUUCGAGCUGGAUUUGGCUCUGCUCUGUGAAGUCCGGAAUAACCAGUUUGGUUUUGCACUGCUUUUGUAUGAGACUCCUUGUAGAUGAAGGACAUUCUUAUGUGUUAAACAAGUUUGUAGGUUGACCAUUUUACUCUCCCCAGUUUUGGUGAGUGCAAUAGCGUGUUGCAACAGAUUGUUUGUUUAGCUGUUGCUCGUAGCGGCAGCUGCAGCGUGCUCAAGUGCAAGGUGUCACUAUUACGUGGCUUAACACUUGGUUGGGUGUGCCUCAGUAUGAACCUUGGAUACUUGUACCAAAUGACGAUUGAAAUGCAGGAGGCUAAAGCACUGUGCAUCCUCUUCAGUGUCCAACAUCUGAUUUUGUAGUUUAUGUGUGACGAGGCUCCUAUUUUUUGUUUGGAGGAUGACAAUUGCUGCUUCAGAAAAGCAUGCAUUUUUUACCUCUAAAAAGUUUUACGAUUACAACAUACAUAACUUUAUCUCAGACUUUCUAUUAUUAAAUUAAACUGAAUCUUUAAAAAGUUUUUUUAUCAGUGAUACAACAUUCAUUUUACAACAGCUACAGGCCAGAAAUGCCACAAAAGCAGUGGUGGUGUACACGCUGCCUAAGCCACUGUGUAUAUUACAGCAAGCCUGAAAGCUACACUUCAAAGCUUCACAAUUCCUCCCAUUCUCCCAUUGAAAACUUGCGCUUUCAAUUGGAGCUGCUGCUGCAAUGUUUUCAACUAAGAUUCCUUACUUGUCUCAAUGGCGCUCGCUAAAUGGCCCAGAAUAAUGACGAUGUCAUUGCAUGGCUUUAGUGUCAUCUGCUGGUGCAGAACGGGCCGACUGACACCUAGCAUUUAAUUUGGCCUUUGUGCUCUACAUCAUAGUUCAGCGGACAUAACGCUUGCUCAAAGACACAGCAGUAACAAAUUACGCACAGGUAGUGCACAUAAUGCUUGAAAUCAUAUUGUGGGGAAGCUUCGGCAUGCAAUUGCCAAGCUGGAGGGAGGUACACCGUAGCUUCUUGCAACGGAUCGCGGUCUGCUGAACAGCCCUUUGGACCCUGUAGACAGCGCCAUUGAGGCAGGUAAACAAAACAGCAAGCAGUGUGCCGCGGCUUUGUGUUGGGAGCUUUCAGGGCUCUUGUUCAGGGCUAAUGUUGCAGUAUGCCUCAGAUGUCGUAAAGCUAGUCAAGACGAUACCUACAUUAUAGGUUGUACUAAAUGAUCGUGCGACACUCCACUGAUCACCUUACAGCACCAGCAACCUUCUGUCAAUUCUAAGACUCGAGUAGGUGUACUAGAAAAUUUUUGUGCUGCCGUAAACGAUCUACACUGUGUAUGCCAGCUUUGCGGUACUAUUGGAUGGAAUUUCCAAAAAAAUUCUUCACCCAAGGUUUCCAUUUCAAUUGCAUUUUGAAGCAGUUAUGUCCAGCUAUCAUCUAAGAAAGAUACUGAUCUCCUCUGCAGUCACGCUAUAAGCUCAGGAGUCAUGUCUUUGCAGCUAUGACUUGUCUUUUGUAGCACCGUCUCACACAGUACAUGCAUGGAGCCUCAUGUUUUAGGGUCAUACCUGGUAAGACCCGUUUACUGCCACUUCAGCUACAAUCCGGAAAAAACACUAUAAUCAAACUCGGCCACCUAUGUGGGCACGGGUGAACAUUAAAUGAGUCACACUCAGCAUGUCAUGCACCCUCUAAACUUUUUUUUUUCACGUGAACAUCUGCUCCUUCACACUAUAUCACUACCCAAGCAGCACAACAUCUUGGCCAAAUAUUGGACCAAUAUUGGCAAUACUGGCCCAAGCUUGGGCUGACAUUGCCAAUAUUGGGCCAAGAUGGUGUGCUGCUUGGGCAGGGUUUACCCUGUCCUUACGGCUUCUAAUAAUAAAGCCAGCUUUUUACCCCCAUGAUUUUGAAGAAAACAUGAAACCCGAGAACACGGCGGGGGCCCGUACGUACGUGAGACCGAUGCUACGGAAGGCCAGCCUUACCUUAAAAGCGCAGCCUCAGAACUGCCUUGUGCAGUUGUAAUUUUCUCAGGUGUCGUCAAUGCAUUUUCUGCAACGUCAAGUAACACUACUACCACAACUCUGCACGAUGCGUUCCAUCAGGUUUGAGCCAUUUCAGACAUGCUCAAUUAAUCGAGGAAGGGACAGACCAUGCAAGAGUCUCUUCGACUUUUACUACAGUACAACUCGAAGGCAGCCAUUUGUUUGGAAUUGUUUUUGGUGACAAAAGCUGCGCUUUCGAUCAGCUGCCACGUAAAUCGGUACUUACGUGGGAUAUGGCCUUAUUUGCCAGUGCGAUACAAAGAGCGACACGGGCGGGCUACUUCGGUGAGGGCCGGCCGCUCGUCUUCAGUAGCGUUGCCCACUUUUCUACGUCUUCAGUUCAAUUCGUUUUGAACAAGCAGUGUAAGUGAGAGAGCGUGUGUGUGUUCUCUGGACUUAGGACAGUACAUAUGUGGUGGUUUUCAUCUGUCAUUCUGUAAGAUAGUCACGGCAUUACAUAUUUAUAUUACAUUGUAUGUCCUUUUUGGAUAAUGUUCUUGUACAUAUUGUGAAGUAUGUGUAUGGAUCACAAAGAAAGUUAUAUAUCAUAUGGGUUAUAUAAUUGUAGGGUCUGAAUCGCUGUGAAACCAUGCCCUUGAUGUUCCUUUCGAAAUGUUGAGUCGUCAUUUGUUGAGCGUAUCAAAAAUGCGUUUGUAUGUGCCCAAGGUGACCUUUUUUUCUGUAAGAUGUGUAUGUGGGUUAUCUGUUCCAAAGAACUUGUGAACUGGUUAGUACGGAUUAAUGUUUUUACCUCUGUUGUUUCUGACAUCUCGCGUGUGCCCUGAAUAUUAGAACAGCAUUGCCUUAAUAAAUUUGGUGCACAUUUUUAUUUAUUAAUGCCCUUGAAAGUCUGUAAGAGCAUCUGUGGUGGUAGCUUGUGACACUUAUAGAUAACAGUAUUUGACAUAAGAGAAUCGAAGCAAAUCUGAAAAAGAAGCCACAAUAUUUAUGUUUCCCAGUUCCAUGCAUUGUUGUUUGAGGCAGCAAGAAAUUGUGAAUUUAUAGGUUGAUUGCACUAAUUUUAUUUUGAGCAAUAUGUAUAAGAAAUGUAUAUCUUUCUUUGUAGCAUAGCAUAUAUGUGUGCAUGGUGAUGUGCACGAAUAUUUAAAGAGGCACUAAAAUGCAGAAGUUUCUCCUUGCGGAAUGAAAAAUGCUGUUACCUUAACAAUAAUACAAAAGGAACAGGAUACAUCCGUUCUGUUGUUUGUAUUUGUGAAUCGUAAAACCGUAAAAUUAACCAUGAUUUAUGCUAUCCCUCUCAUGAAAUUUUGACAAUGCGGAACGGCCUCGUAUUGAUAUUCUCAAAGGUCUCCUGCAACGACUGGACAUAUCAUUUGAGGAAACCAAUGGGAGCCAGUUCUGCAUUGUCACGCUUCUUGAGGAGGAGAUGGAAAGAGUAAAUUGCAGUUUUUUGCUCACAAAUCGCAAACAAAUCAGUCUCGUUCCUUUGCAGUAUUUCAUGAGCUAACAAUUAUUAUUACAGUAAAAGUUAUUCGUGUGCUCCUUCAAAAUUACGAAUUUAAGUUCCUGCAAAUACUUACGGUUAUAUAGUGCAGAAAGCAUUUGGCACUCGACGCUAAGUUGCGGCUCCCUCGAUUCUUUCCAAUCUGUAGAAAGCCAGCAGCUUUAGCUAGCCACAGGAAACUGUUUUAACCCAUCAGACAUAAUCAUAAACGAAUGAAAAGUAAUUACAGCUUCGUUACUCCUACAUACAAAUGUCAUCGUGCCAGGUUGGAAUAGUGACCAUUUUUUAGAGGGCAAGGGGUUUGACCUAGAGUACUGCAAUCUCCUUGUACGACGAAUGCACCGGAAAGCGUCAUUCCCGGAAUGUCAUAUGACCUGCUACUGACCUUAGAAAAAUUGGCUAGAACGGAGCACUGUCGGAUACAUAUCUUGCAAAUUCUCGUGAAUCACUUUUUCCGUCAGUUUUGCUCAAAAACGCGAAAAUAUUUGGAAAAAAAAAGAAAAAAAACCGUUCUAUGGUAUUUUGUGCCAUUGUCAAGGCAAUGGUAUUGUUCAUUCCGCAAGCUGAAAUUUCUUCACUUUAGGGCCCCUUUGAGCUGUCAUGAGAGAAGUCAUACACAACGAACCAUGUGAGUUUGGCCAUAUGUGUUUCAGCUUCUUCAAUUUCUUUAUAUUAAACUCAAUAUAAUCAACCAUGUAAUAAUAACCCACAAGUCUGGGGUAAAAAAUGCUUCUAUGAACUCGUUAGAACAACACAUAUCAAUAGCAGCUUUUCCAAGUAAGAGAUAUCUUAACAGACUCUGCAGGUAACUAAUGCGACUUCCCAGGUUGUGAUGUAUGUUUCGGGUCUUGUACUUGUGACGACUGUACCGCUUUUCUGUGUAUUCAAGAGCAGAACGUGUGACUGAUGGCUCAUGUGAGAAAUUGUACUACUUGCAUUAGAAAGAUUUGUACAGUGGUCAUAGUUACUGUGAGGUCUUGACCAAACGUACCCUUCAAAAAUGUGUUGUUAUACUUACCAACUUAUACUUAACCACAUAAAAUUGCUGCUCGAGCCAUCAGAUAGUACAUUUCGAGAUCUCGCAGUGACGUUUAUGUGUUGAGAAUAUAGGUUUUGUACUGCAUUCGCAACAGCCGCGCUGUGCAUCAUUUACAAUGUUUAUGGUUUUCUCGAUUUUGGAACAAAUUUUGCUUGUCACGUCAUCCCAUUUCCCGAAGCAUUCUGGUUAAUUAUCUAGAUACCUGCGGUAUCUGGAAUUUUGGGUAUUAGCUUAGAAUUACAGAGGCAGACAGAACGCUUGUGUAAAAGUACAGGGCUACAUCAGCGAAGACAUUACAUUCUCAUUUCAUACCCGAGACAUCUUAUUUUUGAUACUUACAGCUAGGUUUUGGUCCCUUUUGGAUAGUGCAGCUUGACACAGAUCUUUUUUUUUAUUAGGUGCGUAACAUAGCAUGUAGCAGUUGAAAGCUCCAACAGUGCCCUUUCUCUCUUUCUUUGCUGUUUUAUUUUCUACAAGGAGGGGGGGAGGAGAAGAGAGAGAGAAGCCUCUAAGCCAGUGUAUGUUCCUCUGAUCAAUUAGUGGACUGCUUGUUUGUAAUACAGUGUACCCAAUAAAGAUGUCCCAAGGCG